AGACGCGUUUAUAAUUCAUUUGUAUACGAGUACUGUACAUAAGUGUGUUUACUUGUUCAUGUUAUAAGUGAGCAUUAUUUUAGUGAACAAUUAGUCGUGCAAGCAUGGCUGCGUUCAGUGAUGUUUAUUUUUGGAGACAGAGUAUCGUGCUCACGGCGGACUGCCUGCACUCGAUCGGCACCGGCUUCAUGAUGUCAUACCCGGCUGUGCUGCAGCCCGCCAUUCUCACUGUCAACAGUACGGACGUGCGUGCCACUGCCAAUGAGGCGUCUUGGAUUGCUGCCAGUCAUGGUUUAGCAGGCAUGCUCGGAUUUUUGAUGGUGCCAUAUUUGAUGCAAACGCUAGGCCGGAAAACUGUUCACAUAGGGCUCAACGUCUUCGCCGGUAUUGGUUUCCUUAUAUUUGCUUUGGCCCAAAGCGUACCAGUGCUAUACGUAGCGAGAGUCACACAAGGACUGACGUUAUGCGGCGUCUACGUCACACCUAUAAUGUUGGGAGAAUAUUCGCAUCCAAAACGAAGAGGAUAUUUCAUUACGUUAAAAAAAUGUUCAGUUGCUGUUGGUUCCCUCAUGUGCCAUUCCAUGGCUUUGUGUUGGACGUGGAGACAAAUUGCUGUUUUUGCCAUUGUCCCUCACAUUGCUUCUACGAUUAUAACACUGAUGUGGCCUGAAAGCCCUGCUUUCUUGGCUCUGAACGGAAGAUAUGAUGAGUGUGGUAAAUCGCAUACAUGGCUUCAUGGGGACAGUCCAAAGAAUAAGAAAGAGUUAGAAGAAUUAAUCGCAACACAAAUGGAAAGAAGAGAAAAGGUCAAGAAUAGGCGAAAUUUGGAAAGUGUAAUGAGAAAAAUGUUGAGAAAAGACUUCCUGAAACCAUUUAUAAUCGCUUCUUUGUUGACGAUGCUAGUAGACGCUUGUGGGAGAUACUAUAUGCUGGCUUACGUCGUCGAGAUUUUAAGUGAAGUUACGGGAGAUAAAGCCAUAGCUGCAUAUUGUACGAUGGGAGCCGAUACAUUAACCAUAAUUGCAUUGUUGGUAUCGUGUUACGUAAUAAGAUGUUGUAAAAGACGUAACUUGCUAUUCACAGCUGGAACAACUUGUGUGUGCUUAAUGUUUUUGACAAGUAUAAUUGUAAUGUUGAAAACUCGACACAUACUUGGAGUGUCUGCUAAUUGGGUUACUCCAAUGAUUAUUUUGUUAAAUGUUUUCAUUGUCAACGUUGGAGUUAUACCAGUAUGUUUUGCUAUUAUUGGAGAAAUAUUUCCUUUAGAACACAAAGGCACAGGAUCGUGUGCGACGGGUAUAGUGUUCACUUUAUUGUAUGCACUUGUUAUGAAAUUUACUCCGUUGAUGAUGGAGAAAACUGGUGUUGAAGGCACUUUCGGUAUUUUUGGCCUAUUUGUACUGGUUGGUCUAGUUAUUUUAUAUUUUAUAUUAAACGAGACUAAGGAUAAAACGUUACAAGAGAUAGAAAACGAGAUCAGGGGAUUGAAAAAGCUGAUAGAAACGUAAUGCAAAUAUUAUGUAAAUGUCCAUAAGAUAUUAUUAAACAUUGCAGUGUUAAUUGCUGAAUUGCAAUGCUAUACCAAAAAUGUUUUUCACAAAGCAACGACGUACAAAAAAUAAAAAAGAGAAUGUAGUAAUGAUAAGGAUUUGAUAUUUUCUGCUAUCAAUGUAUUUGGGAAUUCUAAAGAGACUUCUAAAAUACAUGAAAUCUCCCGAUAAAGAUCUAGAAUGUAACUCUCGCAUCAAGAUUUUUUCUCAAAAUACUAAAAACAUCCGGGAAAUUUACAAAUUACAAUCUGUGCACGUUUCCUGCGGUAAAAGGUUUGAUUACUGAUUUUCCUGUAAACGAUACAAUAUCACCAGUUCAGAAUGAUCCUGAUAGUAAUUUUGAAGGAAGGUUGUCAUGUUUCAUUAAUAAAUACUCAAUCUGAUAAGCAUUUACAAGAACCUAUCUAAGAGUUUGGUGGACAACAAAAUAAUAUAUUUUUUUAAUUUGUACUACACUUCAAAAUUAAAGAUAUUUUUGCAUUACAAUAAAUUGUAACAUUAAUGACGAAUCUCAAAUUGUCGCAUUUCAUUCUUAAUCUUGACUGAGUCUAAUUUUACAUCAAUAUCGUAUCAUCAUAUUAUCGUCACUUAAAAUAUUUUUAAAAAUAAAGAAAAUUUUUAAAAAUAUUAAAAAUUUCUAAAUAUAUCCAAAAGUCCUGAGAAGCUUUCUUAUUAUUAUAGUUAACUUGUGAUAAAAUUGUGUAUAAAUAUAGAUCGUAAGCUAAAUCGUUGUAGCAAAUUAUUAUUAAUUAGUAUUUUAUGUCAUAAGGAAAAA